AUGCAGCGUUCGUUAGAGGAGAGGUACGCGAUUAAAUUCUGUGUGAAACUCGGUAAAUCAGCGACAGAGACGUUUGAUAUGAUCAAGCAGGCUUACCCAGAUGUUGCUUUAGCAAGAAGUGGUGUGUUUCGGUGGCACCAGGCCUUUUUGGAGGGCCGGGAAGAGGUCGCCGAUGAAGACCGUGCUGGAAGACCUUCGACUUCGACAAACACCGACAAUGUGACUCGUGUGCGCAAAGUUUUGAACACAGACCGUCGACUAAGUAUUCGUUUGAUUGCCCAGAUGUUAAAUUUACCAAAAGCUGUGGUUCAUGACAUUGUGACGGAGCAUUUGAACAUGCGCAAGGUGUGCGCGAAGAUAGUCCCAAAAGUGCUCACUGACGACCAGAAAUUGAGGCGAGUGGAAGUGUGCCAAGAAAAUUCGAACAUGUGUGAAAGUGACCCCCCAAUUUUUGAAUAA